CAGGUUCCCUCCUCACUCACACAAACAGGAGCUGCUUUGCCCGCAGCUCAGCAUAAGGUGCUAAACCCAUGACCGAGUCUGGGUCCAAGCCUGUUUGUGAGCUUCUUUUUUGCUUUUUUGUUGUUGUUUAUCCAUCAUGAUGAUGAAGCUGACCGCGCGACAGAGGAGCCAGCUGCCCACGUGCUACCACGAGGGGUACCUGGAGAAGAGGUCGUUCAGAGACAAGACAUCUCUGAAACUGUGGACCUGCUUGUGUGGAAACACGCUGUUCUUCUUCAAUGAGAUGAGAGACACUGACUACGUGGAGAAAGUGGAUCUCAGGGGAUUCGUGUCGAUAACGGACGACAGCAGCCAGGAUCGUAACCUGGAUGCAGCCCGACUCUGCCUCCAGCUGAAAGAUGGAAAUAUCAGAUUCACCGCUCCUAACGCCGAGGCUCGAGAGCUGUGGAAGGGCUACAUCCGCUCUGUGGCCGAGCUUUCGGUACCGGCCUCCAUCAACCUGCUGCCGGGCCAGAUCCACAUGCUCAGAGAGACGGUGGAGAAGGAGAAAAUAAGGAUGUGUGAUGUCCCUCGUCCUGCAGCAGUGAUCCCAGUGAUCCCAGCAGUGAUCCCAGUGAUCCCAGUGAUCCCAGUGAUCCCUGCAGCCUGCAGUGAGACCGACAGCCUCCAGGCAGACCGGCCAGCUUGUUUCCACAACGUGUCUCGUCUGGGGGCCGAGCUGCUGCUGGAGCGAGAGGCCGAGAGGGGAAACCUGCUGCUGAGACCCGGGAGCAACGGAAACUCCUACGCUGUCACCACCAGACAGGACCUUGAAGGCUCUGUAAUCAGACACUACCUCGUGACUCCUAAUCACGGCGGGGGCUUCGUCAUCGACGUGGACAACCCUGUCCUGUGUGCCACGCUACACGACGUCAUCAACUAUUUAGUGGUGAAGACCGACGGAUUUCUGACUCCUCUCAUCGUGAAGGAGGAAGUCUAUGAGAAAACCAUCUCUUUUAUUGGUAAAGAUUUUGAAAACGGAGAGCGGAGCGUCCAGCAGGCCUCGAGCGGCCUCGGCCCACCGAGCCCACCGAGCCCACCGCCCAAAAGAGUCGCUCCAAGAGCACCGGCCCCUGAUCCGACCCCUGAUCCGACCCCUGAACCGACCCCUGAACCGACCCCUGAUCCAACCCCUGAUCCGACCCCUGAACCGACGCCUGCGGAACACAACUUCUAUCUGAAUGACGAGCUGGAGGUGAAAGAGGAGCAGACAGAGGAUCUAUCAGCUGCUCGGCUGCCACAACUGGAGAAAAAAGCUCUAAAGAAAGCCAUGAUGCCUCCGGUUCCUGCUCCUCGCAGCUCGAUCGCCUCCACCUCCACCACCUCCACCUCCUCCACCUCCACCUCCACCUCCUCCUCCACCUCCACCUCCACCUCCUCCACCUCCACAAACAGCCUGGACCAGAGGAUGAGAACCCUCACGGACCCUCAGAGACAGAUUCCUCUCGCAACGAUAUCGGAGUUGAAGCUCAAGUUUCAGCACAAGGCCCGGUGUUGAGUGGCCUCUCCUGCUGGAAGGACCCCUCGAGGCGUCUGGACAUCUGCCCGUUGUUGUUCUUCCCGAGUUCCUCUUGUACAUUUUGUUUUUGUACAUCACUGACAAUGGAGGACGUUUUCCACAACCGUGCCUUUUUUUGUUAUGUAAAUAUUUUUACGUCGCUCAUUUUUAUAUAUAUAUAUUGCACAUUAAUGCCUCGCAUUACAUUACAUUAAUACGUAAGUAUAAGUGUCAACGAAAUACUAACAAGCAUAUUUGAGAGGCUGAAAACAGCAUUUUUUUUUUUUUGCAUAAAAACUGAACAAUGAAUCGAUUAUUAAAAUAAUUACAAUUUAUUUUCAACUAAUCGAUGCAGCUUCAGAAUGAAAUAAUACAGAGAUGAGAGUUGGCUUGUGGUUUAUGUACCCGUUGUAUGUGAUUGUAUUAUUUCUCUCUCUCUAUGAGAGUAUAUACACAUAUAUAUAUAUAUGUUAUCAUAUAAAUGUGAACAAGCAACUCAUAGUAUGUGCCAUGCAACAGUUGGAAAUCGAUCCGUUUCGUGAACAAUGUUAUUAUUUCUUUUUUUUGUUGUAUAAAAACAGUCGAGAUUUGUUUCUUAACUUUUUUUUGUUUUAUUACUCGUCGAAGCAGAAAUCCAAGAACAAAGUGCUCUCGCUCCUUUUUUUAUUUUUUA